UUUCUGCUGAUCUGUGGUAUGUUUGUAAACAUAUCUUACCUAUUUAAGAAAUUAAAAAUUUUGUGUUGCAUUGAAGAAUAAAUGAUAUAGUAAAUAUAACUUAUAAGGUCACAAUUUUUGUACUGAUUCAGUUAAAGUAAUAAAAAUAAUUCUAUUGUGUAUAAAUUUAAAUCUUGGACAAUGAACAUUCCCUUUCCUGCGUUAACACCACGUUUAAUAGAUUCGAAGUGGUUUAAUGCUGAUAGCCCUUGCGAUGAAGAGACUGAACUCACAGCAUUAGAGCAAGCAAAUCAGUUAUGGUUGAACUCUAUUGAGCAGCAGUAUGCGAAACGAACACCACUUGGCAAGGCAGAUCCUGAGCCGAUGGAGGAAGAAGCAGACACUGAUGAGGAAGAAGGUAAUGAUGAGUCAGAUGAAUCAGAAGAAUCACAUGAUGAAGAUGAGGAAGAAGAGUUAAGAACAUCAUAUUCUCCUGCCAGGAACAACAAUGAACUGGAGCCUGAUAGCUUGGAUGAUCUGAAUGAUACUUCAGAGUUGAACACUUCCGAUCAAAGUGCUAUGUAUUGAGGAUGUCAUUCAUAAAAUAUCUGAGAUUUAUUGAUGACUGAUGAACAAAUGACUAGAU